AUGCCUGUCUCAUUCGCAUAUCUCGCGGGACCCGCGAGACCUUUGAAGCAGCUGCGGUCAAAUUUAUGCAACCGCCAUUUCUUGCAUAUUGGAUGAGAAGUGAUUUUCGAGACCUGCCGCGCAAAAGGAGUUGAAAUGGCACAUUUCGUAUCAAAUUUACCCGAGGAGUAAGCCAGAAUGGUGGCGAAUGAAAUGGAACGAAACUUUAACUCCCAGCCUGUUUGCUUUGCUCGUCAACUUGCAUUUUAUGAUGAUCUCGGAAGCGCAAUUCUCGACACGAUGCUGGGGUUUGAAACCCAUAAAAUGAAUCUAGAACUGGUACCAAAGAAGCUGAGAUUUGAAGACGUUUUCAACAUCCUUGCCAAUUUUAGGCGCCAUGGAGAGGUCAACGAAGCAUUGGAGUGUUUCUUUAAAUUGCUAGGUGAUUGGUGGACGCAGUUUAAGUCUCGCAAAACCCAGUCUGAAUUGAGCUUUGCAAAGGAACAUAUAAUUCGAUAUUUCAACAUUUUCUCUCCAAAAGCUGGAUUUGUGAUAGUUCCAUGUUUUCGUUACUCAAGUGAUAAAGGUGGUGCUAAAGUUAUAGUCACAAGAGACUGGGACAAGGGUGAAAAGAUUGUUAAUUUGGAAGGCUGUAUUGCUGAAAUGUCAGUAGUGGAGGAAGAAGAAUUAUUGCGACCUGGUAUUAAUGAUUUCAGCAUUAUGUUCUCAACACGGAAAAAUUGCUCUCAGUUGUGGUUAGGACCUGCAGCCUAUAUCAAUCAUGAUUGCCGGCCAAAUUCAAAGUUCAUUUCAACGGAGAGAAACAGGGCUUGUGUGAAAGUGCUUCGUAGAAUCAAAACUGGAGAAGAAAUCACCUGUUUCUAUGGGGAAAAUUUCUUUGGUGAUAGAAACUGUUUAUGCGAAUGUCACACUUGUGAACGAAGAGGCACUGGUGCAUUUGAGACUAAAGGUAACAAUGAAAAUGAUGAUAUUGGAAAUGAAAAUAAAGGUGAUAAAGAUAAGGAGGAGAAAAAAUAUAGACUAAGAGAAACAGACAAACGCUUGUCAAGAGUAGCAAAACUUUCUGAUGAUUUAUCCCCCGAAAACACAGAAGAACAGAUGCCAUCUCUCUGCAAGCCUUUUGAACUAGAAGAUAACAUAUUCGUCAGGUUAGAACGUGUUAUCAAUGCAAGUAAGUAUCUUUGCCCUCUCAAUAAUGAACUCAACUUUCCUGUUGACGGACCAUUUAAUAGCGAGGCGACUGCGAACAACGAUCAUAGAUAUUUCAAGGAAAUUGAAAGCGAUCCUUGUGAAAUACCAAGAAAGAGACGCAAAAAGGAGGCGCUUUUAGAAAAACUUCCCGGCCUAAAGACUCUCAGAUACUUUGAGUUGUUGCUUAUUGAUCGUGUGAAGCCAGUCAAAGCUCCUACCGUGAAACCAGCGAAAAGUCGAUCAAAAGUUAAGGUAGACCCGGUCGCGGGAAAACCUGUAACUGGACGCGUUAAAUACGACCGGCGAAUAAAGCGCACCGGUAAAACUGUAUCCGAUUCUACUGAAAAAUUAGCUAUGGACGUACUUAAAAAUCAUAAAGAGAAAGAAAUGGUUUUGGGGGCCAGCCGCGAUACCAAACGAUCUGCUAGGAUCCGCGUUCACGACGUGGAAAUAGGCGACGGCCUAGGUAUUUACAAAGUCACGUCACACGGGUCUGGACUAAAGAUCAGAAUGCAGCGUAAACGAACACUGUCUAACGAUUCCAGUGUCAACAGCGAGCAAUUCGACGACAGCUGCGACUCGGAUGUCCCGUCGACGGAAUCAUCUGAUAGCUUUUCUUCCAGUCAAGAUUCGUCGGUAAAACACGUGGAGAAAUAUUCAUCGCGAAGCCGCCGUAUUCAACGAAGACGAUGCCCGUGUUGCCGGUAGGACACGUUGAGACGGAUCAUUGUAUUGGUAGUUUCACUGCAUUGUUCUGGAUGGGAUCGUGUAGUGCUCUAGUCAUCAACUGUAUUAUAUAUACUGCACAGCUCUGAAUAAUCGUGGAAUUAUGUUGUUUCUUUCUAAGAGAGUAAGCACAGUACACAGAUAUCCUGUGAUCGAAUUAUUAUUAUUAUUAUUAUUAUUAGUCUGUAGGCAUAUCUCACAAGUGAUUUUUGUAAGGUGUCAGCAAACCGCGCGGUGCAAUGCCGCGUGAUAACAUGUUAAAGAAGCUUUAAGUCCUGGUUUAAUUCGGACAGGAUCUGCUGACUCAGUUAUAUCUUGUCUGAAUCAUAAUUACAGUUCCGAAUUUCGUUUUUUUCCUUUGCUCUCGAUGUUUUAUUUUUAUUUAUUAGUUUUGAAACAGUUGACAAAAAUAACGAUAGUUCAAGGAUUAAACGUCACUUUUCAACAGAGGGAUAUUUUUCUGGUCUCCAAAGGACCUUCCAAUUUCACCAUCACCUUCCUCCUCUCAUCUUUUUAGCUAUUGAGAAGUUUAUGUAUUUUUCAAACCUUCCUGUUUACCUCACUCCUUCGUUCCUUAGGGCUUUUUGGAAAACAUCUUGUCAACUUAAGAUGCAUACCGUAAAUGACCAACAAAGCGCAUAGGUCCGGGGUAAGUGCCCCCUUUGGCCACAAGUUUUCAUAGGACCCAGCCACAAAUACCGCAAAUCCUCGACUAAACUCUCCCCCCCCCCACCCUCAAAAAAGCACCUACCUAAAAGUUCAUUCUCGCAAGUAAGCCCCUUUUCUAAUAUGCCCCCAUGGGCCCUUAUUCCAGGGGAACUUCAGCAGCUUACUUGCUUCCACUCGAGUUAUCAGGGGUUCGAUGUAUCGGAAUUUUUGCUGUAUAAAUACCUAUCAUUUAGAAUAAUUUUCCUUAUGAAGACCACAGAAGUCAAUAAGCACCCAGGACUCGAAUAAGCGCCUGCCCUAACUGCUUGCAAAUUAAUUAUGGUCAAUUACGGUAAGCAAACUUCACUAUCUGAUUCAUUGUCUUAAAUGAUAAAGAAGGUAUUCCCAUGUAAAUUCAAAGAAACAUGUAUUAAAAUUCUCACAUUAUGUUGUGUUUUUAUAAGUUUUAUUUCUGA